AUGUGUGGGAUUUUCGCGUAUCUGAAUUUCAACGUGAACAGAGAGCGAAGGUACAUCUUGCAAGUUCUUUUCAAUGGCUUGCGAAGAUUGGAGUAUCGUGGAUACGAUUCCGCGGGUAUCGCCAUCGAUUCCGCUUCCCAAUGCGCUUCCGAUUUCAAAUUCACUCUCUCUGCUCCUCCCUCUCCUCCUCCUCUCGUUUUCAGGCAAGAGGGAAACAUCGAAUCGCUCGUCAAAUCUGUGUACCAAGAAGUGGGAGAAAUCAAAUUGGAUUUGGAGGAACUCUUCGGCACGCACGCCGGAAUCGCGCACACUCGGUGGGCCACUCAUGGAGAGCCUGCUCCGCGGAAUAGUCAUCCUCAGACCUCUGGUCCUGAAAACGAGUUCUUGGUUGUUCACAAUGGAGUUAUCACUAACUAUGAGGUGCUGAAGGAGACACUGCUGCGUCAUGGCUUCACCUUUGAAUCGGAGACGGACACUGAGGUUAUUCCCAAGCUUGCGAAGUUUGUUUACGACAAGGCCAACGAAGCUGGUGAUGGUCAGGUUGUUACCUUCAGUCAGGUUGUUCUGGAAGUUAUGAGGCAUCUUGAAGGAGCUUACGCCCUUAUUUUCAAAAGUCUACAUUAUCCUAAUGAAUUGAUUGCUUGCAAGCGCGGUAGCCCACUGCUCCUAGGUGUUAAAGAAUUGACAGAAAAUAAAGGCAAUGGUUCAGCAUUUGAGGAUGACAAAUUCCUAUCAAAAGAUGGCAAACCUAGGGAAUUGUUUUUGUCCAGUGAUGCCCAUGCUGUGGUUGAGCAUACAAAGAAAGUGUUAGUUAUUGAGGAUGGUGAAGUAGUGCAUCUCAAGGAUGGUGGGGCUUCUAUAUUAAAGUUUGACAACAACACGGGAGAGAAUGGGGCUUUUCUUUUGAGAACUUGUUCAGUGCGACGUGCAUUAUCAGUUCUUGAGAUGGAGGUUGAGCAAAUAAAUAAAGGUCAUUAUGAGCAUUAUAUGCAAAAGGAAAUUCAUGAGCAACCGGAAUCUCUGACAACCACAAUGAGGGGGAGGCUUAUACGUCUUGGAUCUAACAAAUCCAAGUCUGUUCUGUUGGGUGGGCUGAAGGAUCACCUCAAAACAAUUAGGCGAAGUAGAAGGAUAGUUUUCAUUGGUUGUGGUACAAGUUAUAAUGCUGCUUUGGCAGCUAGACCCAUAUUGGAAGAACUUUCUGGUGUUCCUGUUACUAUGGAAAUUGCAAGUGAUCUGUUGGAUCGGGAGGGACCAAUAUACAGAGAAGAUACUGCUGUUUUCGUUAGUCAGUCUGGUGAAACUGCUGACACUUUACUUGCACUGCAAUAUGCUUUAGACAAUGGUGCAUUGUGUGUUGGGAUAACAAACACUGUUGGUAGUGCAAUAGCAAGGAAUACUCAUUGUGGUGUUCAUAUCAAUGCUGGUGCUGAGAUUGGUGUGGCAAGUACGAAGGCAUACACAAGCCAAAUAGUGGUGAUGGUCAUGUUAGCUCUUGCCAUAGGAGGUGAUACACUUUCAAAUAAAGCCAAGAGAGAAGCCAUCAUAGAUGGUCUUUUUGACCUGCCAAAUAAAGUCAGAGAGGUGCUGAAGCUUGACCAGGAGAUGAAGGAUCUAGCGAAGCUGUUGAUUGCUGAGCAGUCACUUCUUGUCUUUGGAAGAGGAUACAACUAUGCUACUGCUAUUGAGGGAGCUUUGAAAGUAAAAGAAGUGGCACUUAUGCAUAGCGAAGGGAUACUUGCUGGUGAAAUGAAGCAUGGUCCUUUGGCAUUAGUGGAUGAAAAUCUUCCAAUUGUUGUUAUAGCUACCCGUGAUGCUUGCUUCAGCAAACAGCAGUCUGUUAUUCAGCAACUUCAUGCCCGCAGAGGUCGUCUGAUUGUUAUGUGCUCAAAAGGGGAUACUGUUUCUGUAUGCCCUAAUGAAUCUUGUAGGGUAAUUGAAGUUCCUCAAGUUGAGGACUGUCUUCAACCUGUAAUUAACGUAGUUCCAUUACAGUUAUUGGCAUAUCAUCUCACUGUUCUCAGGGGAUUUAACGUGGAUCAGCCUCGUAAUCUUGCCAAGAGCGUCACAACACAAUGA